AAUCAAGAAAUAUAAUUGUCAUCUUAAUUCACAAGCCGCAGGUCUUUAACUUUGAAGUGUUAGAAAAAUAGUCUAUGCACAUAUAUGAUCAUUUUAAUAUUUUGAACACUUCAAAAAAAAAAUUGAAAGCCUACUUUCUCUCAACAACCGAAAACAAAGAAAUGUAUCAAUCAAUACACAAAAGAUUAAAAGCGUCAAUAAGUAAAUGGAGUUGAUCAAAAAAAAAAAGAAAAAGUAAAUGGUCAAGAUUGGCGUCUUCAAAUUCCGAUGUCCCGAGAGACCAUCUCUCUUUCUGUUCUCAAAAACACUCGCCAAUACUAAUAUAACCACAAAAGCUUAUUUUCCUCUCUCUCUCAGUUCCCACUCGUGAUCAUCCGAAAGCAUGAGUCUUAGAGACCCAAAUCCAGUAACUAACACACCCGGAUCCUUUUCGGAUCCUGCCGGCUUCGCUAUAAACAGCAGAAUCAUGUUCACCGCCAUAAUCAUAAUCGUAUUCUUCGUCAUUCUCAUGGUCUCUCUUCACCUCUACUCUCGUUGCUACCUCCACCGCUCUCGCCGUUUCCACAUCCGCCGCUUAAACCGCAGUAGACGCGCCGCCGCCGCUAUGACCUUCUUCGCCGAUCCUUCCUCCUCCACCUCCGCGGUCACCACUCGCGGUCUCGACCCCUCGGUCGUCAAAUCUCUUCCCACUUUCACGUUCUCCGCCGCAACCGCCUCGGACGCGAUCGAGUGUGCGGUUUGCCUGUCGGAGUUUGAGGAGAGCGAACCGGGUCGGGUUUUGCCCAAUUGCAAGCACGCGUUUCAUGUUGAGUGCAUUGAUAUGUGGUUUCUUUCUCAUUCCUCUUGUCCUCUGUGCCGAUCGCUCGUCGAACCUAUCGACGGAGGAGUAAAAACUGCGGCGAAAGAAGUCGCGAUUUCGAUUUCUGACCCGGUUCCAGGCGACACAAACGACGUUAUAGGAGCUGGGACUUCCGAUCAUGAAGAUUCCAGGGGGAAACCGGCGGCGAUUGAAGUCCCGACGAGGAAUCUCGGGGGAGAAUCGGAGAACGAGUUGAGUCGGAGUAACUCGUUUAGGUCACGGGUGAUAUCUUCCACGCGGAUUUUCAGCAAAGAACGGAGAAGCGCUUCGUCGUCUUCUUCUAUCGGGUUCCCUCCGCCUCCGAUCUCUAGCAUGCCGAUGACGGAGUUAGAUAUCGAUUCUGGAGGAGAAGAGCCUCGUUGACUUUAAGACGCUAAAUGUUUACUGCUACGUGGACGUGUAUGAUUUGUUAUAAAUGUUUCCUUGUUUAGAGUUAAGAAUGCGGAGCUACAAUACUUCUUCGUUACUUUUCAGUUCAGGCGUUUCCAAAAAGGGUUAAAAUGUAGAUUUCAUUGUUUAAUGAGUUUGCACCCGUGACGUAAUCUCAACUGUCGUUUUUUGGGACA